AUGACUGCCGCGCGAGUCGGGACCGUCGUCGUCGACGGCGAGGUCGUGCCGCACAACUUGGAGCUCCAGCAGCCAGACCUGCGAGCCGCGGCCGGAGCGCCGGCAGCUCGAGAGGUUUUUGUGCGGAAGGCCUGUCCUGCCGGCCGACCGGCCGCAGCCAUCACCUGCUCCUUUGGGAUCGUCGCCGCUGCUCUCGCGUACACGCUCUUCUACCUGAUUGCUGCGCCGCCGCCGCUGCCCGUGGCAGCGCCGCUCCCGUCGGCAGACAGGGUGCUGACGCGGGUCGUGCACGGCUCGUGCUCGAAGCAGACGCUGCCGCAGCCCUUCUGGCGCACCGUGGGGUCGCUCGCGCCCGACCUCUUCGUUUACAACGGCGACAUCGUGUACGGCGACUGCGCCGACGUCGCGCGGCCGCACGAGGCGUGGAGCGAGCCGGCGUGCGAGGAGCUGCGCACUGCGUGGGCGGACCUGUUCGCCCACGAGGAGUUUACGAGCGCGCGGGCGGUGACGCCGGUGAUCGGCAUGCCGGACGACCACGACUACGGGCUCAACGACUGCGGCGCGUCGAACCCGUACAAGCAGACCGCCAAGGAUCUCUUCCUCGAGCGGUUCGGCGCGGCGGAGGACGACCCGCGGCGCUCGCGGGGCGGGCUUUACACGUCGCACGCCUUCGGAGCGGCGCCCAACCGGACGCAGGUCAUUCUGCUCGACACGCGCUGGUUCCGCUCCGAGCUCAAGCGCGACAGCGGCGCGGCGCACGGGCGGUACGCGCCCUACACGGAGGCGGAGGCGGAGGCGGGGCGGCUCACCAUGCUUGGCGAGGAGCAGUGGGCUUGGCUCGAGGCGCGGCUGCGGGAGCCUGCGGAUCUGCGGCUCGUGUUCUCGACGGUGCAGGUGCUCUCGACGGCGCACGGCUGGGAGCGGUGGGGACUGAUCCCCACGGAGGUGCGCCGGCUGCGCCGGCUGAUCCGCUCCUCUGCCGCGCGCGGCGUCGUCUUUCUUUCCGGGGACCGGCACGUGGGAGGCGUAUACGUGCAGCCGGCCGCGGCGGGCCUCAACCCGUACCCUCUCUACGAGGCGACGGCGUCCUCACUCACCCACACCGUCCCGCCCUCCCUCGCCACGCGCGACGAGCCUCCGCACGAGCCGGACGCCGACCUCUCCUCUGCGGCUCGGCGGCUCGGCGCGCUUCUCCACCUGAACCAUGUCGGCAGCGUCGACGUGGACUGGGAGGCCCGCGCCGUCACGCUGCGCCUCAUCACUGACGACACGUGCGCUGCGCCGGCGUGGGAGGGCUGCCAGCAGGGGGGCAGCACCGCCGGCGCAACGGAACGGUCGGUGACGCUGCGACUCGACGUCGACCUCGCACCCCCGCCCGAGUGCGGCCGCCCGUGCGCCACGCCGCUCAACCCGGCGGCGACGUGCGCCGCUUUCGAGGGCCUCUUCUCCUGCGCCGGCAGCAGCGAGCUGCUCGGCUGCAACUGCACGGGCUGCUGCGCCGGCGAGGGGGAGCUGUAG